GGCAUGGACGCCCCCGGGACCACCGUGCCGCGCCUUUCGCCCGUGCGAUACUGCGGGUGGUGCGCGGGACCCCUCGGGCGAGGGGAGUCGCUGGCCCUGGCCGAGGGCGGGUCCCUCCUGGAGGUCUGCGAGCUGUGCUACAUCAUCGGUCUGAUUCGGCAGGCGGCGUGGCGCGCCCGCCUCAGCGUGGAGGAGAGGGCGGCGCUGCUCGACUCCGCCCGGCUCCUGGGCGCGCUGCUCUCCGCGCUCGCCGGCCUGGGGCUCGAUGGCGCCGAAGGUGCCGCCGCCUUCCCGCCUGUUGCCCCGGGCCUGGCGGCGGCCGCGGCGGUCGGCGGCGCCGCGGCGGCCGCGCCCGCGGGCGGCGGUGCCGGCGCGCCCGUGGUGCCUGGCCUGGCGGCGCUGCCCGGCCUGCCAGGCUCCGGAGGCGGCGGGGCUGCUGGGGCGCCCCCGGCGGGCGGCGCCGUGCCUGACGGCGGAGGUGCUCCCCCCGGCGGCGUGGGCGCCGCGCUGGUGGGCGCGGUCGCGGGCGGCGGCGGCGGCCCUCCUGGAGGCCCUCCUCCUGGUGCGGUGCCCGGGGCCCCGACAAUCCCCGGCGGUGUGCCGAUCGCGGUGGCUGGCGGUCCCAUCGCCCCAGCGGGCGGCGCGCAGCUGGGACCACUCGUGGACGGUCCGCGGCGUCAGGCCGUGACUCUGAUUGGCGCCGACUGGCGCCGAGGGGUGAAUCUCGAGCUCCCGACCUUCGACGCAGCUGGAGGCAUCAGCGGGAUGGCCCUCUUCGAGGUAGAGGAGAUCGGCACCACGGGCCCCUCAGGGCAGUACCUGAGCGCCCAGUUCAGGGGGGCGUCGCUGGCGGCCGAGGCGAUGCGGCUGGACGGAGUCCUGCAUGUCGAGUGGCUGCGGCUGCGCUCGAACCGCGGGUUCGUGGAGCCGUGGGUGCGGCCGAGCGCCUUCGGUGGGCGCGGCGGUGGCGGCGCCUUGGCGGGGGGCGCCCCAGCCGGGGGCGCGGCCCCCGACCGCCUGGCGGCAGCUGCCGCGGCGCGCGCGCAGGCCGCUACGGCGACGCCUGGCCGCGCCGGCGGCGGUCGCGGCCGCCGCCGCCCCCGGAGCUCCUCGGCCUCGCGCAGCGACGACGACGGUGAGUCGCGUUUUCGCGAGGCCCCCUCCCGCGGCGGCAGCGUGCGGCUGCUGGCGGAGAAGCGCCCAGGUGCCCUGUACGACGAGGCGAUGAAGAACAUCGGGCGCGUCAUGGGCCUGCGGGAGGGGGCGGACGGCUCAGAGGUUCGAGCGAAGGUCGUGGGCUACCUGCAGGCCGCGGUGUUCGGCCAUCACCCUCCAGGGCAGAUGCGGAUCAACACUCAGCGGGAGCUGCAGACGCUGGCGACCGCGCUGGACCUGCUGGAGUGUGGGUGCCUGGCGGAGUUGAGCGACGUGUUGAUGCAGCGCUUCAAGGCUCUGGAGCUGUCGCUGUCCGACGCGAGCUGGCAGGUGGCGAGCGAGCUGGAGAUCGUGCCGGACGCGCGGCCCUCGCUGGCCUCGAUGGGCGAGCAGGACCUGGCGCGGCGGGCGGCACUGCUGCGCAGGAGGCUGAUGGACGCGAAGAGCCGCGGCGCCCUUGGCGGCAAGGGCCAGGGCGAGUCCCAGAUCGCCCAGCAGGGCGAGGACCCUUUGAGCGACAAGGAGUGGGAAGGACUACACUGCAGGCUGGUGGUCACUGUCCUGGCGCUAAACUGGGAGUCUGGGUUCCGCUCCCUGAAGCUGGCCAGGCCCUGCCGAGGUCGAGCCAACGCCGCGCAGCAGGCAGCCCUGGUCGCUCUCGGCCGCCGCCUUCUCUUGGCUACGCGGGCCGAGUCUGCUUUGCCGCCAGAUCUUGACUGGAACGUGCGGCUGAAGGACCGCAAGAUCGGCUGCGGCGGGGGCGAGAUCUCGGCCCCGCAUCGGCUGACGCUGGAGCAGGUGCUGGACGGGCUGCCUCCGCCGGGCGUCGCGGCCUCCAUCGAGGCGGCCGACCUCGCGACGGGGUUCGUGCGUGAGACCCUCCUGGGCCCGACGCCGGUGCUGCUGCCCGCUGCCCUGCGGCGGCCCGCGCCGACAUCUGCGCGCGCGUGGGCCUCGCUCGAGGAGUGGCAUCGGAUUGUGCGGGCGCUCCACGAGCGCGGGAUGGUGUCGGCGAUCCCGAGCAGCGAGAUUGCCUGUCGCGACGGAGCCCCGCUCCUGAACGGGGCGUUCGGGGUGCCCGAGCCCCGCGACGAGCCCGUGGUCUGCAGCGACGGCGAGCGCAGGCCGGUCCUGAGGCUGAUCACCAACCUCAUUCCCUCGAACGCGUGCCAGGAGUGCAUCGUGGGAGACACCCCUGAGAUGCCGACCAUGAGCCAGCUGAACGGCCUGGUGCUGACCGAGUCGGAGGAUCUCCUGUUGAGCGGCGCGGACAUAAAGGCCUUCUUCUACGUCUUCCGCGCGCCGCCUGCGUGGUGGCCUUACAUGGUGAUAGGGCCGCCCGUCCCCUCGGAGUUGCUUGGCCUGAAGGACGGUGGUGCCACGCACAUCUGCCUGCGGGUGAUCGGCAUGGGCUGGAUCAGUGCCGCGGGCGUGACGACCCACCUCCACCGGAACAUGCUGCGGCGGAGCGCCUCUGUCCCUCGCGGCCUGCCGCCCAGCCAGGAGAUUACUCGGCGCCGACGGCUGCCGUUCAGCGUGGAGAAGCCGUGCCCUCCGGCGUGGAUGGUCUACAUUGACAACCUGGAGGUCGCGGAGGUCGUGAGCAAGUCCGAGGCCACGACGCUGCGAGGGGCGGUGCCCGAGCUCAUCUCGGGGGCUCGCGCCUGCUAUGCGGCUGCGGGCUCCCCGGGGUCGCCGGCCAAGGACAUCCAUCGAGUGCCGCGAGCGACGACCUUGGGGGAGCUCAUCGAAGGGGUCGAGGGCGUUCGGCGGCCCCCUGCGGGUUACCUUACAGAGAUGGCCAGCCUCACGCUGUGGACGCUGAGCAAGAAGCGGGCCAGCAUGCGGCUGGUGCGCAUUCUGCUGGGCCGCUGGGUUCGUGUUCACUGCUUUCGGCGGCCACUGGCGGCCAGCUUUGCCUACACCUGGAAGUGGCUCGGGAACCCGCGCACUGGCGGCCGCUUCAGCGUGAGCGUGGUCGAGGCCGCUGGCGCCGUGGUCUACGGCUACGCCCUCUCCGACCGCGGGCGCGCGCUGGCCGAGAGGCGGCAGCGGCCUGCGAACGCCGCCUGCGAGGAGGAGACCGCCCUCGUGACUGUCUUCGACGGCAUCGGCGGCGGGCGCCGGGCUUUCGAGAUCCUCGGACUGGUCCCUGCCGUGCACCUGUCAUUCGAGGUUGACCCCACGGCGGUGCGGGUGGCCCGGCGCAGCUACCCCAGCACGCAGCACCUGGGGGACGUGACGGAGGCGGACCCGGCGGCCCUGGCAGCCCUGCUGCGCGCCCGAGGCCGGGUGUCGCGUGUGCUGGUGGUGGGCGGCUUCCCGUGCCCGGUCUUCGCGGGCCUCAACGUUGCUCGGCAGGGUCUCGACGACCCGCGCGCGGGCCUGGUUGACCACAUGGUGCGGAUCGUGGACGGGCUGCGGACGGCCAUGCCGGAGGCGUCGAUCGACUUCCUCGGGGAGAACGUCGCGUCGAUGCCCGAGUGCGACGUGCUGCGCCUGAACCAGCUCUUCGGCCGCAUCCCGCUGGAGAUUGAGGCGGGGGAUGUCGGCUGGGUCAGACGUCCGCGGCUCUACUGGGCUUCAUGGGACUUCCUGCCGUCCUUCGAGGCUGAGCCCGUCGUGGUGCGGGCCAAGACCCAGGACGUUCGGCGCGCCUGCAAGGUGGCGCUGAAGGCGGAGCGGCCGCCGCUCGAGGAGUGGCUCCCGCCCGGGGCUGUGUGUCCGGGUCCCGCUGCAGGGGGGCCGCUCCCGACCUUCGUGCGCUGGACGCCGCGCUCGCAGCCGCGCCCCAGGCCUGCGGGCAUCGGGGAGUGCAGCGCUGCUGAGCUGGCGCGCUGGGAGGCGGCGGGCUUCGCUUCGCCGCCCUACCAGUUCCGUGAUAAGUGGUGCAUCCACCAGGCGGAUGGCCGCGUGGAGCCGCCUGACGCGACCAUACGAGAGAAGCUGAUGGGCUUCCCGGAGGGCCACACCGCGCCGUGCAUGACGAGCAGCCAGGCGAAGGCCGAGCCCGCCAAGUACGAGGCUCUUCGGCGGUCGCUCGUGGGCAACUCCUUCCAGUGCGAGGUCGUGGCCUGGAUCAUCAGCCACUGGGCCGUCGGAGCUGGGCUGCUGGUCUCGGUGCCCUCGCUGGGUGAGCUGCAUGAGAGUGCGCGAGCCUGGGCUGGUGGCAGGAAGCUGUGGGCCGGCGACGUGACGUCGCUGCGGUGCGGUCGCUCCGAGAUCGACGAGGGCCUGCACGCCAAGCUGGACCAGGCUGGCGGGCCCGUCUACGCGGGUCGUGGGUCUCGCCGCUGGGGGCUGGCUGCCUCGCGGUGGGGCAACCCUUUCACGAUCAGCCCCGAGCGGUCACGCGAGGGCGCUGUUGCCCUGUUCGCUGGUUGGACCCGCACGCAGCCCACCUUCCUGCAGAGCUUGGAGACGCUGCGCGGGGCCCUACUGGUCUGUCAUUGUGGGCCCGACCAGGCGUGCCAUGCCGACAUCCUCUUGGCGGAGUUGGCGAAGCGUGACGUGGUGGAGUGGCGCGAGGUGGACGCGUCCAGACGCAUCGUCAUGGGGCUCGUCAUGGCGUGCCACAACAACGGAGCAGACAUCAGGACCGAUGGCGCCUCGGAGGCGCUCGGCAAGAUCUUCCCGCGGCAGGAGAUCGACUCAGGAGAAGCCAAUGACGCCCUCAGCGGCGUGCAGCACCUGCUGAGGACACGACGCCGCUAUCCUGGCGCUUGGCAGCUGCUGACAGUCUGGGGCAGACUGGAGAUCCCUCAGCGCGCGCCGCCGAUGCCUGCCCAGGUGUGCACGGCGCUCGCCGGUUGGGCGCUCAGCCGCGGAGAGGUGGCCUUCGCGGCCGUGCUGCUCGUGGCCUUCCAUCUCUGUCUCCGCACUGGCGAGGCUUUGGGGCUGAGCGGCGGCGUCAUCUUUCUGAAGCCCUGUGGCCGAGGCGCGGUUUCGCUGCCCUGGACCAAGACCUCUUGCCAGAAGGGCGCGCGAGAGCAAGUCGCGCUUGACGACCCGCUGGUUGGGGCAGUCGUCCAUGUGCAGCUCCAGUGUGACAGCCGGCUCUGGCCUGGCACGACGCGCGCCUUUCACGACUUGUUCCGUAUUGGGCUCCAGCAGAUCGGUUGCAGGCACCUCGCCCUGUCUCCUUGCAGCCUGAGGCGGGGAGGUGCCACGCAUGUGUUCCUGCUGUCGGGCGACUUGUCUAAGGCCGUGGAGCGUUCUGGCCGUGGAGCGUUCUGGCCCCAGUCUCCCGUGAUGGUGGCCGACCCCAGUCUGCGGAUGGUGGUUUGCGAAUCCAGCUCUGGCCUCGGG